AUGGUUUUCUCAAGUCGCACUAACUUUGUGAUUCUACAAUCCGGCCCAUUAAAUCACAAUUUAGUCGAACCACCGUUCUUUACUGUUAUACUUCGGGCACUAUCAGUCCUACAUUUCCUAUCUUUCUUUUUCGGAUUUCUCAACUCAUUGUCAUUUCCAUCCUUCUUCUCGUCUUGUCAUCUCCAUUAUCCAUGCUCCAUGAAGCUCUCUAUUCUUCUACUAUUGACAACUGCAUUGGCACAUGCCGCAAAUACGACCCUCACAUGUUCAGACAUCCAUCUCAUACCGCUGGAUCAACAAUGUGCUUUCGCUCGAUAUCACUGCAGUUCGCCUGAUUUCCACAUUGGCGUAUUCAACUACGUUGACUGGCAUUACUGCUCGCCAAUUCGACAGUUACUGGUGCCCUUGGCACUCACAUCUCUUCUCAUCAGCUUUGUGUCUCUUGGCACCACUGCAUCGGACUACUUGUGUCCCAAUCUCUACUCCAUCUCCAAGUUCUUGAGCUUGUCCGAUAAUUUGGCAGGUUUAACCCUCUUAGCCGUGGGAAACGGCUCGGCUGAUGUUCUUAGCACUUACAAGGCCCUAAGUGUGGGCCUGGCCGGCUUGGCUGUCUCAGAGUUGGUGGGCGCCGCCCUUUUCAUCCUAACAAUUGUCGUGGGCUCUAUCUGCGUUGUGCACCCGUUCAAAGUGCCCAAACAGCAUUUCUUGCGGGACUCGGCCUUCUACUUGCUUGUGACGUUUAUCCUUUUUAUUGCGCUAGCAUCGGGAGGCGUGUCGAUAUUUGCUUCCGUCUCCCUCAUGUUGGUUUACGUGUUGUAUGUUCUCGUGGCCAUAUACUCGCAUUCUUGGCUUGAGACGUCGGCUCGUAAAAAAGUCCAGGCGGCACGGAUCCGGUCCAAUUACGAUCAGGAAGCUGGCUUGGAUCUAGCUUCGGAAUAUCCCGACAACUUGUCUUCUUUGCCCUCGAUAGACGUCCUAGCUGCAACAGAGGAGGAAAACAACGAAGCAUCCGAAGAAUUCGACCGGUUUUUGCUGAACUAUCCCCAUAAUCCAGCCGAGGAGAGAGUUCCCAUCCAAACAGGUUCUUAUGGCCUUCACGUUCUUCUUCGGGAGCUUGGAAAGCACUCUUCUCGUCUGGUUUCUGCUCCUUCGGCGAGCCCGAUCCGUUUGGUGGUAGACCGCCCUUUAACUGCGCCAACUAACAAAUCUGGUCCACAAGAGGAGACAGAAGAAGCAGAAAGCGAUAGGGAAAGGCAGCCGGAACCAGAAUCUGAACAACAGGAAGAACCAGAAGUAGACGAAUCCUACUUGGAGGAGAGACAUGACAACGCUGGAUCGUUUCCAUUCUUUCUCCUUCCAGCCUUCACAGCCGGAUCGUCACUCUCGACGAUAUUGCAAAUUGUGUCUUAUCCAGCGAACAUUGUGCUCAAAUUGACCACGCCAAACAGAGAAAUGGCAAUCGAGUAUGGAGAGCACAGCGCCAGUUUUUCUAACGCCUUCACUUAUCAGCCGUCUGGUCUGCAACCCGAUGAUCAAUUCUCCGACUACGACUAUCAGGCGGACACGAAAAUCUUCAAGGUGCAGUUGCCACUGGCUACCCUUUUCGUUGCCUUUCUUUACUUCUAUAGUGUGGCGUAUUUUUGGUUUUACAUGCCUGUGGCAUUGGCCUUCGCAAUUGCAUUGGGACAGGCAUUUCCUUCCGAUGUGCCUCGCUUCGAAACACAUAUGUUGCGGUAUCGGGCCAUAAACUAUGUGGGCUCUUUCGUGGGCUUUGUCCUUUCUGUGCUGUGGAUCUCUAUCUUCGCCACAGAAAUCGUGGCUGUUCUCAAAGCGUUGUCUUUGAUUUUCAGCAUGAGCGAAACCAUUUUGGGUGUUACGGUGUUUGCAUUUGGAAAUUCUAUCGGGGACUUUGUUUCGAACCUCACCAUAGCAAACAUGGGAAUGCCAGUGAUGGCGUUUGGAGCAUGUUUUGGAGGGCCUUUGCUUUCGCUCUGCUCGUUGGGUCUCAGUUCUCUUUUGAACAUGCCCGUAGAAGGGAAACUCCGUGUCGAGUUUACCACCACGCUCAAACUCAACCUUUUGGCCUUGUUUUUUACAUUGGUGUUUAUUGUGGUGGCUGUGCCAAGAAACGGAUGGAAAUUUGAUCGUGCGAUGGGUGUAUGUUUGAUUUCCAUUUGGGCCGUUGCCGUUUCGGUCAGCAUUCUUCUUGAGGUGGUGUAG